UACAAUAUUCAUUAAUAUCUUCUAUUACACAAUAGUAAUACUAGUAAUAACUAAUAAGCACACAAAAUAAACAAUAGUAAACACUUAAUUAAACAUUAUAUAAAUAUAAGUAAGAGGUGAACGAAAAUCUCAAUCUCAUUCUUCUCCUUCUUGUGCAGCACAAAUCCCUCUGUAAGCAGCAAUGCCUGCCCAGAAGCGCUCCUUGCCCGACUCUCUCGACGAAGGGGACACUUCGCAGCACAGCCUCUUCCAUUCUCGACACGCCAAGCACCACCAACAACAAGACCACACGCAGGAACACCACGAGGACGAGGAGGAAGAGGAAGAAGAGGAGGAGGAGGAGGAGGAAGAAGAAGAGGAGGAGGAAGAGGAAGAAGAAGAAGAGGAGGAAGAAGGAGAUGAAGAAGAAGAAGAAGAAGAAGAAGAAGCGGCGCAACAUGACAAGGAAAAACCGCAGGAUUCCGACGAAACCCCAUCUUCUGGCUCUGAAGAAAAACCCGAAUUCGUGUAUGUAGAACUUCUGGAAAUUCGUAAAGAUGUCCAGUGUCCAAUUUGCCUUGGUAUUAUUAAGAAGACAAGAACUGUUAUGGAAUGCUUGCACCGUUUCUGCAGGGAAUGCAUUGACAAAUCGAUGCGACUAGGGAACAAUGAAUGCCCUGCCUGCCGCACACAUUGUGCCAGUCGCCGUUCCUUGAGAGAUGAUCCAAACUAUGAUGCCCUUAUUUCCGCUUUGUAUCCAGAUAUUGAGAAGUAUGAAGAAGAGGAGCUUGAAUUUCGUGAAGAGGAGAAGAACCGCAAUAAGCUGAUUCAAGCUUCAAUAGCAAAAGUAGUUCAACGGCAAUCUGAAGCACUGGUUAAGAGACGUAAAGAUACACCAGGUACAUUUGUAACAAGAUCGCAGCGUAAUCCACGAAGCAUUCAUUCUAGGAGACAAACCCAAGCAAAUGAAGGAUCUGAAGAUAACGAGGAGGAAAAUGACAACAAUGAAAAGGACUCAUCUUCAGCUGAUGAACGAAGUACAGAAAACCGGCAGAAAAGGCGAAAGAGAUGGGCUAGAGUUCGCCCCUCUCAACCCUCAUCAUCCAUGGCAAGUCCUGAUGGUGGAGGCAUAGAUAGCGAUAUGGAUAUUAGAGAAAAUCGAGGAAUUUCAAGGCAGGUGUCUAAACCUAGAAAGCUUACCUGGGGAAGAGGUGGUUUUAGAAGUAACACUCGGCAUGGCAGUGGUGGUGGUAGCAAUAGUAAAAUUUCUCGCAGCAGUCGAUUGUCUAAGUUGGUGGAUCAUUUCCGAAAUUUGGAAGAAAACACUGACAAGUUUGAUGUACAUGUCAUGCUUGUUUCUCUCGACAAACAAAGUACACCAAGUUUGCAGCAGCCACACAUUUGCUGUCGACCAACUUUGUCUGUCAAGCACCUUUAUGAAUAUGUUGCUCGUCAGACACCUUUGCCGGUUGAAGGAAUCGAGAUACUGGCAGUCAAAGGAUGCUGCAGUACAAAUUGUGACAAGUCAGCUGAUGAGAAAUCAUCCCUGAUACAUGAUGAGCUAACAACCCUGGUUAUAGAUCCAGACAAAGAUGAACUGGAAAUUUUGCAAGGACAUGAGACUCUGGCAGGGCUUAAAUCCAAAUGCAUAUCCAAAAGUGGUCAUUUGAUGCUUGCAUACAAGCGGAAGGAGACACUAUAGUCUUAGUUGGAUUGGAAGACUUUUGACAUUGACAAUGCCCACAAUUUUCUUUGUUAUGUACAUAAAAAGAACAGUUGCCUAUUGCUUCCUCGACCCCAAAAAAGAAAAAAAAAAAUUUAGUACACUAAUUAUAAGAACCUACCAAAAGGUUAUGCAAGCAUUGUAAUAUCUUUAUUUUUAGAUUUACCUUCUAAAAUAUUAGUUAGGUUUCAGUUUUACUUAAUUUCCAGUCUUAUUCAUCAGGGUGUAUCCAUUCUGUUGUCAUGAGGAUUAUCGUAGUUGUAAGUACUAUGGAGUAGCACUAUGGUAGCAAAUUUCGUCUUGAUAGUGGAAAAUGAAUAUUUUAAUCAAA